GCUGCCUCAUCCCCUAUCACAUUUCCUGUCUCAUCCAAUAAGAUUCCUUUUGGGUUCUCCGUCUACGUUCUUUCUUCCUCUUGGUUUAAAACAUUCUGAGAUCAGUGCGAAGCCAUGUGUGAGUUUCUUGCAAGCACACGAAGCCAACUACUAUUACCCAUUACGCAUGCCGUGGCACCACUCCUACCCUACUGUUGCAUCGCAUUACCCUCUUUACAUCAUAUCACCAUCACAACCCGAUUAAACAAACUAAAUCUCAAAAAGAAAAGGCAUAAUCCCGUUUCCAUCCCAAUCGCCACACGCACGCGGUUUUCCAUUCCCCACCAUCCAAUUCCACUGUCUCUCGUUUAGUUUUUCAUGCAUGUCCAAACGCCUCUUCUUCCUUUCCCCCUUUAUAUAAACGACACCGUAUACGUAACUCCAUUGUUCUAAAUCAAUCUCAAUUGAGCGAUGGCGGAGGUGCAGGAUCUGGGGCGGUUCUCGGUGGAGGAGCAUAACCGGAUGCUGAGGCAGGCGCAGAAGGAAGAGGAGGAAGUGACGUUCGAGGAAGUGGUGGAGGCGCAGUCGCAAGUGGUGUCUGAGAUCAAGUACUACAUGAAGAUUUCGGCCACGCAGGGCGGCGAUGGCGGAGAUUCUAGAAUAUUCGAAUCCGUUGUGGUGGUGAAGCCGUGGCUUCGUUCCAAGCAGCUUCUAAACUUCGCUCCUUACAUAAUAUUCAGAAAAUUAAAAUGUAGAUAAAAAGAUCAUUAUCAAAA